GAAUCGCUUAGGAGUAUUGCUUGUUUGAGAUUCCUUGAUGUUAGAGAGAAUUGGACCACAAAUUAAAAAGCAGUAAUUGCGUUACCUACUAUGGCGUCUGAUGAAUCCGAAAGGGAUCAACCGGAUUUGACCAUCAUAGAGGAAAGUCUCAUGAGUUUCGAGAAGCUUGAUCGAGCGUCGCCGGACUUAUGGCCGGAACAAAUGCAUGAUGAAGUUCCAGGUGUGAACGAAUUUGUGGCUCAGAAUUCACCUCAAAUUGACUCGCCUUCGUGGACUCUAAACCUUACAGCUGAUGACAUUAAUCAAUUACACCAAUUGGGCAACUUAUCGAUGACUGGUUUAAUUGCGGAAGUUAAGAAGUUGCACGAUAUGGCCUAUCAGCUUGGACUGGAAGAAGCGAAAGAGAUGACACGAGGCAAAUACUUAAAUAUAUUCAAACACAAGUAAAUUUUACUUAACUGUAUAUGGAUUAAAAUUUAAUGAUAUAGGCUUUUAUAAAAAAUAUAUUUUUUAUAAGUACAAAUAUUAUCACAAAGAA